GCAUGUUGAACCAUCAUAUUAUAAAAUAGUUGAAAAAAUCCAAAUUUGUAUGUUAAUUAUCCUUUUGGAUUUAACCAACGCAAACGAAAAAUUUUAAAUGUCUGGUCUGUCAUAAGGUUACCAUAACAACGACAAUAAGAUAAGAUAUUGCCAGUUGACGUGGAUAUUUGACAAAUUAUUUUUGAAGAACUAUCCUUGGACAUGAAUCGGCGCCGUUAAAGUAACCAAAUCCCCCUCAAACUUCUUCCUACUAAUCUUGAUUAAGGAAACUAUUGGCAAUGUCGCGGCUCAUUAUGCUGUCAACAAGCCGUCCUGUUUAGUGUUUUUAAACAUUGAGUAUUUGAGGUUAAGUUAGUGAAUUUCCCACUGGCGGUUUCUUGUUUGUUUUACUGUUAACUUUUGUCUAAUUAAUUGUCUAACUAUUGAUAAAUAAACGUUUAGUGCGUAAAUAGUCGUACCCAAAACAAUGGCAGACUUCUCCGAUUUGCUAAAACAAGCUGAACAGCUCACCCACGAAUUGGAGGGCACCUCGGAAUUGCCGCGGGUCGAAAGGUCUUUAAAGCAAGUCUUAGAUGCCUCAAAUGAUCUUUACUCACGUGUGGCACAAAGUGGGUCCAAAGAUAUACAGGCGAAUUUACUAUUGGGUUCCAAAGGGAUUGACCUACCCAAAAUUGUGCAAAAACUUGAAUCUAUCAGCACAAAACGGACUUUCGAACCCAUAGAGCCCAUUGAUGAUAUUGAUAUUGCCAAUAAGCUGAAAAAUGAAAUUCGGAAUAAAAUAUUGGAAGCUUUUGACUCAGGUUACAGAGAAAUGCUUGAAUCCACCUAUGUCCAAGCCUGGGAGCAUCAAUGUUCAGAAUGGAAACAACAAAAACGCAAAAUCUUAAAUGCCCUGGGAGGCAGAUCCGGAAUGCCCAUAGAGUUAGGAAAACAUCAAAGUAUCCUACUAGAACGUCCAUCGGCUCAUAUUUCCCAUAUGGGUCCCAAUGAAAUGAUUUAUGCUUCGAAAGUGAUUGAAUAUAACACAAAUUUAAUCAGGGGCAUGCCAAAAAGUAAUUUAGUCAAUGUUUUCUAUGGGAUUUCUAAUGAAUUUAAAGAUGCUAGAGUGAAGGAUAUGUGGGAAAUUAUUAAAUAUAUGGUGCAGUUGUCACCUUUCCCAAACACAGAUGAUCCUACCAAGGGAAGAUACAGUAAACCCAUCAUUUUAGAUCUUGUAGGUCAAGGAAAGAAAUACUUGGAGGACAGGUAUAAAACUUACAUGAACAACAUAGUAAAUGAAAAUUUGGUUCAAGCAGGAAGAGGAGGGAUACCUGGAACUUACCCUUUGGUGAGAAGUUUUGUUGGACUCAGACUCCAGGGAGAAUAUAUGGGGUUAAGGGAUGGUCUUGUCGACGAUAGACCAUUGUGGCCCAUGGUGUAUUAUUGCAUAAGGUGUGGAGAUGUAUCAGCAGCAGUUUACUGCUUGAAAAAAAGCUCCUACUCAGAAUACACCGAAAUAUUAUCCAUUUUGGAACUGAAAUUGAAAAAUCCAAAUAGUCCAGAUAUACAGAAAUUGGAGGAGAGCAUUAGAUUUUCCUACCGAAGAUUUAUCCGAAACGAAACCGAUCCUUUCAAACGUAUCGUGUGGUCUGUACUGGGCUGUUGCGACAUUUCCGAUGAACAUUCCGAAGUGGCUCGAACAGCCGACGACUAUUUAUGGCUCAAACUAAGCCUAGUAAGGGUCGACAACCCCAAAGAGGACCACAUCCAUUACAAUGAACUGCAGCAAGUGAUUUUAGAGGAAUACGGCGAGAGUCAUUACGACGCGUUCAACCAGCCUCACUUAUAUUUCCAAGUGUUGGCCCUCACUGGGCAAUUUGAGGCGGCAAUCGAAUUUCUAUCGCGCGUCGAGCGUUUUAAAGUUCACGCCGUACAUAUGGCCAUAGCUUUAAACGAACUGUAUCUUAUCGCCGCACCUCAUGACACUAGUGCCCCGUUGAUCUUUAUCGAUCCCGCUGAUCCUAAGCCAGCGCGUCGGCUCAACUUGGCCAGAUUGAUUAUGGUUUACGUGCGCAAUUUCGAAUUUAGCUGCCUGAAUGAGGCCUUGCACUAUUUCUAUUUUUUGAGAAACUUUACGGAAGAUUCGGGUGAGAACUUGUUUAAGGUAUGUGUGGCCGAUUUGGCCAUACACACCAAGGAGUACGAAAAGUUAUUGGGUAAAAUACAAAGGAACGGGAUCAGAACCAAGGGUUUGGUGGAUCAAUUCGCUGAUUCCGGCGUUACGGCCGAUGGAAUUGCUGCUAUUAUUGGGAACAAUUUGGUUAAGAAGGGGUUGCACGAGGAGGCCAUUGAUAUUUUUGAUAUUGCUAAUAACCAAGAAGAGAUCCUGACAUUCUUAUGCACGAUGUUAUCCCAAGUAGUGCAAUCGGAGGGCGAGCCUGGCUCACUAAGAGCGAGACUAUACGACAGGGCGAUCGUAUUCGCUGAUCGAUUCUCCCGAGAGGGUUACAGAUGCAACUCGUCUUUGGUCAAUUCAUUCUUGAAACUAAAAGAACUCAUCAACUUUUUCGAUUUGUAUCAUGCCAAAGAGUACGCGCAGGCCUUAAAAAUGUUAAACGAUCUACAACUAGUGCCCUUCAGAAUGGAAGAUGUCAACGAUAGGGUGCAAACCUUCAAAGGUUUGACAGCGGAAGUGUGUAAAGUUAUACCGGACGUGUUAUUGGCCACGAUGAAUAUGCUGUUUGCGCAGUAUCAAAAGAUCAAGGCCAAUAGUGAAUUUGUGCCGAGGUAUCAAGACGGCUCAGUAGAAAUGCAACUCUCUUAUCUGAGACAACAAGCAAAAGCUCUAACAAACUACGCUGGAAUGCUGCCUUACAGGUUACCAGGGGACACUAACAGUCGCUUAGUUCAAAUGGAAAUUUUAAUGCAUUAGGUUUAGUUUAAAAUUAUGUUCUUUAUGUAAGUCUUGUAUUAAAAGUUUUUUUGCUAAAGAAA